AUGCAGGUACCGCAAGCACCGUCAUCCCCGCGUCACUAUAAUUACUACUCGUCAGACCAACCUCACGAGCAUGCACUAAACAGCUACCACAACUGGCUGCAUUCGAAGGCUUGUGGUCAACAUCAAAGUUUUGAGACAACAUGUCCGAUACCAAGUCCAUCCUCCUGUCCGGCGGCGCUCGAGGCAUUGGCCGCUGCCUUGCCCGCCACUUCCUUGCAAGGGGCCACAAAGUCUUCAUCCUCGACAUUGACGAGCCCGAACUUAAGCACACCGUCGAAGUCCAUCUCAAGCAAUACCAUCCUAAUGUGUCCUACAAAAUCUGCGACUUGACAAAAGUCGACGACAUCAGAUCAAGCGUGAAGCAAGCAGCCGAGUUCCUGGGCAACCGUAUCGAUGUUGUGAUCAACAACGGCGGUAUCGCCACCCCAACUUGGAAGGAUGGCGCCACGAUGGAGGACCCUGCCACAAUGGACCAGUUUCAGAUGUAUCUUGAUACCAACCUCCGCGCCCCCUUUGCUGUCGUGCAAGCCUCGAUCCCAUACAUGAAGACCGCGGGUGGCAAAUCCGGCAAGGAGACCCGAAAGGACUACGAAGCUCAGAAGGCCGAGCGUGGUCUUACCUCCACUGCCGGACCGUGCAUCAUCAACGUGUCGAGCUUCCGGUCGCAAAUGUCAGAUCCCAACCAGGAAGGCUACGCUGCGUCGAAAGCCGGGCAGAACGGACUUACGCACAGUAUGGCCGUGUCGUGCUCGCAGUGGGGCAUUCGAGUUAACAGUAUCUCCCCCGGCCGCAUCAAGGUCAUGGCCGAGAGCAAGGAAGCGGAUGAGAGUGGGCAGGGUCUCGAGUUUGACGACAAGGACUAUGAGCAGCAUGCUACGAACCGAGCGGGCAAGCCUGAGGAUAUCGCUGAGGCUGCUGAGUACUUGAUCGGUGCGGGCUUCGUGACUGGGCAGGACAUUACGGUUGAUGGUGGAGCUGUGAUCCAGAAAUGACGCUCGGCGUCUGCUUCUGAGGUGAUUCCCCGUCGGCGGAGAAGGGUCGAAGGGGUGGUGGUAGUGCCUUCUCAGCUCUAGACAUGUGCACAGUAUCUUGACAACAUGCAGUUGUUGACGAUGAUGCCCUCGGCGCCCGUGAUGUGCGG